AGGAAAUCAGAGAACGUACAUGUAUGUUUGCUACGAAUCGAUGGCCCGCGAUACCUAUCGUGAUGGGGAUCUCCGAUGAUUGCUGGCCUUCGAAAUGAAUGUGAGGCUCAUAAAAUUCAUUCGAUCUCAUUUCGAGACGGUAAGUACAUUUUUCGAUAGCUUCCUCUCGAUAAUAUCCCUUCUCUAUCAUCAUGACAAAGAGUGGAUCCUCUACGUCGAAAGCCAAGGCCUCCAAAGCCUCCAAGCCUGCCGCCAAGCCCCGGACUAAUGGAGCGGGAAAGGCUGCCCGCAAAACUCCCGCAGAAGUCAUAGAGUGCCUCUUCUCCUUCCUGUGCGAGCGGCAUAACGUUGGUAUUGAAGAGAUUAGCAAGGCUGAACUAUCCAAUCACGCAGGAUAUGGCAAUCCUCGCAGUGCUGGAUUUGGUGAAGCGAUCAAGGCUCUGACGUCGGAAGGUCUCGUGGCCAAGGGAAGCGAAAAUGAUACCUUUACCCUCACAGAGGAAGGGAUCAGCAAAAAGCCCGAGAAAGCCACCCCCAAGACUCUUUCAGAGUACCAUGACCAUUUCAUUGGCUUUUUGGAAAAGAAGGUCAAGGGCGGCUCUGAAAAAAGAGUCCGUGAGGUCUGGGAGAUUCUUGCUGAUCGCCAGAUUCAUGAUACCAAGGAUAUUGCUGGGAAGCUUGGCUACAAGAAUCCUCGCUCCUUUGGAAACACCAAGAUUAUUCCCACCAUGAAAGAGAUGAAUCUGGUGGAAGAUGCUGGAAAGGGUAAAGUGAAGAUGACAGACAAGGCAUUCCCUCAAAGCAUGGUUAAAGAUGACUAGAUCUUCAUUGGCCAAGCAAGUGUGUCCCGGUCUGUCGAUCAGUUGGUGGUUUGCUUCUCAAGAGAGUGUCGGUCUCUAUCUUCCGGCAUUGUAGCGAUGCAGCGAAAUGCACGUAUAAUCAUUAUAGUCUUUGCAUUGAUACUUCU